AACGAAUUAACAUAAUCUCUAUCAUUAGGAUAAAUCCGUAAAGUCAAAGAUAUUUUCGUUUUUUCCAGAACGAAAAAAAAUAGUCAAAAUAUCUGUAGCUUCAGUUUUCUCGAUUUAAUUAAUUAAGAAAACAAAACAAAAAUAGCAAUGGCGUACGAUGGAGUUAGUAAAAUAGUAUCCCAGGGAAGUCGGUAUCGUCCCUGACGAAGCCGACCUCAAGUCGGUAUUUUAUCGUGUUUUUUUUUGUUUCUGUCUUCGGGUUACUUCUCUGGCAAGUACACACUUUCUUCUACUCUUCCCAAAUCUUAUCCUCAUAUUUUAACUUCCCACCAUUUUCCUCAUCCCAUUGGCUCAUUGUAUCGUACCCAGAAUACCAUCCUGAAAUUGGUUGUAACUGGGAUCUGAUCGGAUCGAAUUCGGAUUUCAAUUUUGAUCCGACUUUUGUUUGACUCCUUGGAUCGAUACCAUGGAGAAGAAGCAAGAGGAGAACGGUGUUUGCUCCGCUGAGUCUAUCGAUGGCAGCCUUGAUGUUUGGAGUUGUCAGAAUUCUGAUUCUUCUUCCGCUGAUCACCUCGUCGUUAUGGUCCAUGGCAUCUUGGGAAGUACGGAUGAUUGGAAGUUUGGAGCUGAUCAGUUCGUUAAAAAGCUACCUGACAAAGUUUUUGUUCAUUGUAGUGAAAAGAAUGUGUCUGCGCUUACUCUAGAUGGUGUGGAUGUAAUGGGUGAACGUCUUGCAACUGAGGUCCUUGAUAUUAUUCAAAAGAAGCCAAAUAUCCGGAAAAUCUCCUUUGUCGCACAUUCUUUGGGAGGGCUUGCUGCAAGAUAUGCAAUUGGGAAAUUGUACAAGCCAGCUAAUCUGGAAGAUUUGAACGACUCAUUAGCAGACACUAGUGAAAAGCCUCCUAAAGGCACAAUAUGUGGACUAGAGGCUGUCAACUUUAUUACUGUAGCUACUCCACAUUUGGGUUCAAUGGGUAAUAAACAGGUCCCGUUUCUUUUUGGGUUUUCUUCCAUUGAGAAAGUUGCAGGCCUCAUUAUCCAUUGGAUAUUUAAAAGAACGGGCCGCCACCUUUUCUUGAAAGAUGAAGAUGAGGGAAAACCACCCUUGCUUCGACGCAUGGUGGAAGAUUCCGGUGAUUGUCAUUUCAUAUCUGCACUGCGUGUCUUCCAAAGACGAGUGGCUUAUUCAAAUGUGGGCCAUGAUCACGUCGUUGGCUGGAAGACUGCAUCUAUUAGACGCGAUAGUGAAUUGCCUAAGUGGGAAGAUUCUCUGAAUGAGAAGUAUCCUCAUAUUGUUUACGAAGAACUCUGUAAGGCAUGUGAUGCUGAGGACAUACCAGAAGGCGAGAAUCAUUCAGAUGACAUAGAAGAAGAAAUGAUCAAAGGUCUGUCCUCUGUGUCAUGGGAAAAAGUUGAUGUUAGCUUUCACAGUAGCAGGCAGAGGUUCGCUGCCCAUAGUGUUAUACAGGUUAAAAAUGAAGAUAUGCAUAUAGAAGGAGCAGAUGUCAUAGAGCAUAUCAUUGAUCAUUUCCAUGCCUAGAUCAGUAAAACUUUCAUCACGAGUCUGGGACAAGAUAACUAAGGACUCAAGUUUCUUAUAGUAAAGCAACAGUUUUCCAGUCGGGCGUUUAUAUGUCACGUUGUUGUUUACACUAUAAAAUCAUCUCAUUUUCUCUGUGAUUGCACAGGUAGCAAGAUGUUGAUUAUGACCAAUGUAUUUGAUACAUGGUAUUAGCAGCAAAGGAAAUCUUGUUCAAUUCAAUUGUAUCAUGUAAUGACGAUAUUGUGCAAUGGAAAGUAUCAAAUAGCGUUCUUAACUGGAA